AUGUCUGUAGUGGAGUCGCCGUCUCUUGCUGCCGCAAUUGACUGCCUCCGCCGGAGGUUCGAACGGAGCUCGGACUUCCCUUCCCCGGCCCUUCUCCCUUGCAAACGAAAGCUGGAGGAAUUCUCACCAGGGGGUUGCCCUGGAGAUGGUCUGUUAUUUCUGAGGAUGCGCAAGCUAAGCACUUUUGAUACAACCGGCCUCUCAGUCGUCUCCUACGAUGGUACUCAAGAGGACUGCGACCGGCUGUCGACUUCCUGCAUCAGAACCAGCGGUAGCAGUACCAAUACUAUAUCUGGUAUACUUAGAGAGACAGCAGACUCGGGCUCCGGCGCUCUUCAGUUCUUCGUCCGGGAUUUCUCGCGGACGAUUGUGAUCCAUGCUCUCCCAGAUGAUACCGUAGAGCUCGUCCACGAUCAGAUCAGGGGGGUAACGGGGAUUCCCAUCUCUGAGCAGAGGUUGAUCUUCAAGGGCCGUCAGCUUCAACUGGACCGCACCCUUGCGCAGUGUGGAGUUCAGAACGACUCCUGCCUCCAGCUGACUGGACGGAUGAGAAGCACAGAGUACCCUGGUUCAUGGAUGGUGGCGAACGACAUUGUCUCCGCUGUCUUCAGCCUCAGAAAUAAUAUCAACCAGCCAGACAAUACCCAGAACCCUGAUCUCAAGGGAUCCAAUUUUAUCGAGGGUCUGGUGAAGGUUUUCUUGGAGAUGACUCCCAAGGAGGAUACCGAGAGGACAGGGGGGCAUCUCAAUGUCUUUCUCCUCUCUGGGGCUCCUGCGGCAUUGGUUAUGCUUUAUGCUUCCUCGCCAGAGGAUUUUUAUAUGUUACAUGCAGAAAGGUCCAUCCAGCAUUUUCUGAAUAUUAACUCUGAGCUCUUGCCGAGGUGCACGCACGCACAAUGCUUUCCGAUUAUUUUGGAGUUCUGUAGACUACUGUCAGUCGCGGUCAGUAAGAAGGACAAGCUUUAUAUAUCUUGCCGGAGGACCCUUAGUUCGCUUUUGGAAUCAACAAGCUUGGUGGAGGACAUCAAUUACAUUGGUUCCAAGAGGUCUCAAAGCAUCAUUCAAGAGAUAUUUCCUUUUGUCAAUGAAUUGGCGAGCACAUUGUCUGCCAAUUUAUCUGAAUGGUUGCUGUUGGGCUUGCCCCCUGGGGAGUUCUCCCUCUUAUCUGAGUCUCUUGGUGAGUUUUCCAAUUUCCUGUCCCCGUUACAGAGGGUGAUACAGGAUAGAUGGGGGCAGCUGGGGCCAUUUCCAAUACCUCUACGUGAUGACAGCGGUCAAACAUUGCAUGAGGACUGGUUUCGAUCGCUUCAUGCCAUUUUCAUGGAGCUUUUGGAGGGUGUCGACGGCUGCCUGAAGAAAAUACAUGAUAUUUCAACCACCGAGGGGGAAGAUUUGAGUGAGAUUUGGUGGACACCAUGGUCAGUUUUUCUUCUUUUGUUGACGAGGUUGAAUGAUCUUUCAGAGAUUUUUCAGGGUGCUGGGGAGAUACUUCACUCAGUUCUAUUGGAGCGUCGUAUCCCACUAAAUGCUUUGAUCAGGAGAGCAAAAUGUAGACAGAGUUUGUGGUGGCUUCUAAAGCAUAGGGACGUGACAGACUUUGAAUCUAGGAAGAAUUUGGUGAUGUUGAUGUUUCCUGAGGGAAAGGACGACUUUGAUGAACUCCAUGAGAUGCUUAUUGACAGGUCUUAUAUACUGACCGAGUCUUUUGAGUACAUUGCCCAUGCUGAGCCUGGCAUAUUACAGAGUGGUCUUUUCAUGGAGUUUAAGAACGAAGAAGCUACUGGACCUGGUGUCCUGAGGGAGUGGUUUUGUUUGCUAUGCCGAGAGAUCUUUAACAAGCAGAAUGUCCUUUUUGUGGCAUGCCCAAAUGAUCACCGUAGAUUUUUCCCAAAUCCUGGUAUUUUUUUAUCGUAUUUUUGUUCUCAUAAUUAGGAAAAUAUAACCUUUUGUCUUGUGAACUGUGUUCCCUGAUGAUUUACUCAUUGAUCAAGUCAAUUCUCAUUUAUAUACAUUUUUUUCCGUGAAUAUUAUAAUCACUUCUGUUUGGCAACCUAAUUCUUGGAUAUUCAUGUUCAAGACGCCCAAGAUUGGUAGUCGUCGAUGUAAAUAAAUUCAAAGUCUUUUUUGCUCCUGGCCAGGAAUAUUCGUAUAUAUGGUAAAAAGUACGGGAUGUCAGUGAUCUUAUAGAAAUGUUCAUCCAAAUGCCUUUUAUUUUGAGAUAUUAAGUGUAACUAAGCGGACAUCAGUCUUAUGGCAUGGAGAGAUGUGGUCAGGUUGAACAUUCCAUUAAAAAAAUUGCUUCCAGUUUGAUAGAAGAGCAUGGAUGUGAAACACAAAUAUUUCAUUUCUUUGGACAGUGGGUGAUUGAGGCAAGCUCCUUUAUGGAUGAAAUUCUAUGAAGCCUGUCUAACUUCCUCAAAAAUGUAUGCAAUUGGCCCCAUUGUGCUGUACGAAGUCGUCUGGUGUGCUCUUGAUAAUCUUGCUCUCACAUGUGACGUAUUUCUUGCUAAAAGACGUGUUUCUCUAUUCCUAUUGAACCAAUACGGCCCACUACUACUCAUGCCCUGACGAACUAGCAUCAUGCCAUCCACAACCUGUUGUAUGAAUGGAAUUAUAUCAUGGACAGGACUUGGUCAAAUUUUAUUCUGUCAUCAUAUCCCUGACAUUUGUUUAAUCUCAGUUCAUUUCUGGAUGUUUAUCUAGCAGAACGCUGACUGUAAUCUUUCAUGUCUUCAGCAUCUAUUGUGGAUCCGCUACAUCUUGACUACUUUAGCUUCUGUGGGAGGGUGAUUGCAUUAGCUUUGAUGCACAAAGUCCAAGUUGGCAUUGUCUUUGAUCGUAUCUUCUUUCUACAACUAUCUGGGAAGCACGUCUCUUUGGAUGAUAUACGGGAUGCGGAUCCAUGCUUAUUUAACAGUUGCAAGAAGAUCUUGGAAAUGGAUGCCGAUCUCUUGGAUUCUGAUGUCUUAGGACUGACAUUUGUCAGAGAAGUUGAAGAGUUGGGAUCUCGGAGAAUUGUGGAGCUCUGCCCUGGAGGGAAGGAUAUAAUAGUGAAUAGUAGGAAUAGGCAGAAUUAUGUUGAUCUUAUGAUACAACAUUGCUUCGUUACCUGUAUCUCUGAACAGGUUGACCGUUUUUCACAAGGUUUCGGUGACAUUCUUUCCGACUCAAAGUUUCAAAAGCUGUUUUUCAGAAGUUUGGAACUUGAGGAUUUUGAUCGCAUGUUGGGUGGAAGUGAUGGAACUAUAUGCAUAAAGGAUUGGAAGAGACAUACUGAGUACAAGGGCUACAAGGCAUCAGAUCGUCAAAUUUGCUGGUUUUGGAAGGUAGAGCAUACUAUCAUAUUGGAAAUUUUCUUAUUUCUCUGUGUAUAUCCCCCAUACGAAAUCUCUAGUUGCAAUUCUUUCUUUAAUAUUUCUGUGGUUUUCUUAUUUUCUCUUUAGAGGAGUCCAUUUGAAAUGUCAAUUAUCUUGGAGUAUAGUUAAUCCAUUAUGUUUUCGACUUUAUUCAUUUCCUGUUAGUUUACAAUGGUUUCUCUCUUUUUCUAUUGGGUAUGGUGUUACCUUUUUGGAAAAACUAAUAUGGGAUAACCCCAUAAUUGUUUUGGUUGCUUUUCGUGGUUAGUUAUCGUGAUUUUCAGAAAUAGUGGUUAGAAUGCCAAUGAUUUUUUGUUGCAUAUUAGUUUUGUGGUUAGCUAUGUUAUACAUGAGAGUCUUCUAAGAAGAGACUCAAAUAACUCAACCCUUAUUGACACUUUCGUAUUUAUAUCAGAGUCUCAAGGGAUCUAGAUGGGUCAAUAUGGCCAUGAUCCAAUAGUGCACAGUAUUCAUCAGCCCCCCUCAAGCUAGUUCAUAUAUAUCAUAUGCACCUAGCUUGUUAAGAAAUUACACCUCGUGACCAUUUUGGAACUUGGUGAACAUAUCUGCAAGUUGAUCUGUAAAGUCUAGGUUUCUCAAGACACUUGUUAUAGCCCCUUAAAAUUCGUGUCCAGAGGGCUCCUUAAACAUUUGUUUCACCGAAUCACUUUAAAUUCUUUUGUUUCUUUACCUUCUCUUUGAUGUUUUUGUCCCUCUAUUUGACUGGAAAUUUGUACAAGCACUUGCAAAUAACUUUCAGAAAGUGGCUCUAUUCAAAUAUAUCUGCUCAACAAAUAAAAUUGACAAAAACCAUUAGUGUAUGAAGUCGAAAAGAAAAGAGAAAGAAGAAACAUACCAGGACAUUUUUAUCUGGAUACAUCCUAGAGACCUACUACAGUGUACUAUUCAUGGAGUUUGCUUGAUAUCACUCCCUAUUUCCCUCAUUAGAUGAACUUUGCUUGAAUUAAUAUUGGCACCUACUGUUUCCUGCUUGCCAUUAAUAGUGCUGAUAAGAAAAUGUUAUUUAUGUGAAUAACAUGGAGUUUGAAUCAAAACUUGUCAAUUAAGUCACCGCAAACCUGCUCACUGCCUAUGGUAUAUAGUUGCCUGUUUCUUACUUUUAACUGUGUUUAGGUCUUUAUAAGUUCAAGUACACCUAAACGGAUUGCAUUUCAGCCACCUAAACGAAGUCACUUUAAUAGACUGCAGUGUGGAAGGAACAUCCUUAGCUUAGGUUGCUUUAUUCCAUUUGCAUCUACUUGAUAUCUGAUUGUGAAGAUCCGCUUUUACCCAACUAGUUUCUUCCCUUUUAGAGGAUCCCAACUAUCCUAAGUUUCACUUGUCCUUAGGUCUCUCUCUUUUUUUCAUCCACUGUAUGUAAUACUUUUAGAUUAUUCAAGGAUAAAAAAGGAAUGGAGGAAAGAUGAAUCAAGAGCAAACAAGUAUAACAAAUCAUUGUGGAACAAAUAUUCAGGAAAUGCAAAAGGCUAAAUAAAUAUGGCCCAAAAGUCCCAAAUGGUUGAAGUUGCUCAAAAGAUGUAGCUCAUAAAGGCCCAAAAUUUAAAACAUUGAAGACUCAACUCAGAUUUUUUUAGGUGGCGCAUUAGGUCUAAAAACUUUUUCAUUUAGUGGAUGUUUUCCUUAGGGUUUUUUUCUUCAGGUUUUUUGUUACUGAUUGUACUUUUAAUGGAUCUACAACUACUUGGUAGUUUUUUAAGCAGCCACAGGUUGUAAAAUGGGGACUCUGUUUUACUGUUGAAAUUAUCUCCCCUCAUUAUAUUCCUUGUGGAUUCAAGGGCUCCAUAUCUCUCAUUAAAUAUUUGCAUUGUUGAAGCCAUGGGCAAGAGUUCUCCAAUUAUCCAAGGUACUAAGCAUGAAAUAAAUCUUCAGAUGCAAAACUAUCCACCAAUAAAUCCAAACCUUAGGACAAUGUCUUUUCAACUAUGAAAGAAGACAAAAAUAUUAGCUAUCAAAGCUCUACCUGAAAGAUGAUUGAAUUGGCAAGAUUUCCUCUGCAUGGACAAUACAUAUUUACAAGGGUGAGUCUUAGAGUUGAAACUUUGUUCUAAUACCAUUUUAUAUUGUAGUACUUAGAAAAAUUAGAAAUCGGUCUAAAUGGACAAGAAUGGACAAGAAUUUUGCAGCCCAAACUCAUGAAGUGCAACCUGAAAAUCCCAAACAGUUAAAAUGGGCAAAAAUAUUAAACUCAUGAAGGCCCAAAAUGGGAAAAACCUGAAAGGCCCAACUAAGAUUUCUGUUAUGCGACACAUUAGGCCUAAAAACAGGUUUUCUAUGAGUAGGUAAAAUAAAUGUCUUUUUUAUUCUCUUUUUCAUUUGACUUCAAUAUAAAAGCUAUAGCCUCCUUUUUCUGGUUACAAAACAAUAGAUUGGGGGCGUUUUCUGAUCUUCCUUGAGAGAUGACUCAUUAUAUUCUUUGAGGAUUCAAAGAUUUCAGAUUCCGUUCCUUAUAGAUUCAAAGGACGAUUUCUAAUUUUUCUAACCUCUAUUACAUCAAGUAGUAUUAGAACAAAGUUUCAACUCUAAGACUCACUCUAUUAAAAAUGUGUUGUGCAUAUAGAGAAAAUCUUUUAGAUAGAGCUUCCAUAGUCAAUCUUUUUGUCUUCUCUUCAAGUUGAAAAGUCAUUGUUCUCUGGUUUUGAUAAAUUGAUAGAUAGUUUUGCAUUUGGAGAUUUAUCUGAUGCUUAGCAUCUUGGAUAAUUGGAGAACUCUUCACCAUGACUCUGCAAAUAUUUAAUACUUUUUGAUCUCCUUCUUAUAACUUCUUUUGGAAAUGACUCAUCGACCAAUCAUCAGCUCAAAUUUUCCUCAUGGACAACAAGUUUAAGACGUUGUUCUUUCGUCCUUAAGCCUAAGAUAAUAUUUUGCCCGUUUUUGUAGAAAGCAUGCAUUUUUCUGAAGGCCAUGGAAAUUUGUUGUUCUUUCGUCCUUAAGGCUAAGAAAAGAUCUUGCCCGUUUUUGUACAAGACAUGCAUUUAGUAGAUUUUUUCUAACGGUGGAAAGGAAUCAAUCUGAUGAAUUAAACUCUUUAGCUCUUCAAAAAGUUAGAUGUAACAUAGCAAGAAACAGGGAGAUUCUAUUUUUUUAAUCAGAUGGAACAUAGCUACUUUGAUUGGUCACAGUGUUGCGAUUCAGAAACUGCUAAGGAAUGAAGAUCAGGUGGAAGCUUUCUAUAUCUGACCUGAUUAAUCUCAUGUCAAUUUAUAGUUUAUGUACAUGCUCCGCAGAAAUCAGAAGUCGAUUGGCCACUUACUUCAUUCAUGUAGCAGUCCAGGUGGAAUUGUCUUGUAGGGAACUCGUUGUGUUGAUAGGGGACCAAGGUGUUGAUAGAGGAGAAAAUGAUAUUUCCUUCGCUUGUGAGAAAGCUCUUAGAUGGAUCCUGUCCAGAUUAAAGGGGAGUGCCAAACUGUGGCGUUCGAUGGUGGAGAUGCAGGUGCUUGGUUGUUGACAGGAGGCUGGGAAUAUUUGGUCAAGAUGCUCUUUGGCAAAGCAACUUCGGAUAGGGCAAUCCAAGCAAACCUGCGUGAGAAAAAUCCAGACAAAAUCCUCAAAGCAGUUGUCCGCCGCAGUUGCUAGCGCGAAAAUAUACUUUUUCAGAUGUAAUGUGUAGGAGGGAGAGAAAAGUCUACAAUCUCAUCUAGUGCCAUCCGUGAUGAUCAGUAUUGCAUGCUGUAGUCUAGACAAGACAAAUGAGACCAAGGCUAGAAAUAGAGGACAAAAAUCUACUCUAAUAUUAUGGAGAAAACUGAAGAUGGAGAAAAUGAGAGGAGAAUUGGAAAUGUGCAUGCAACCCCUUCAUCAUGGUGUGCUCGUUAGGGAUAAUUUUUUCUUGCUCCCUGCCUCCCCAACUUGAUCGAGUAAUGCAUAACGCUGCACUCAAGGCCACCAAACUGGUAAUCUAGUACAUGGGUUGACCUAGAUGUAUUAUUAGGUAUAUAUACAUACAUUAACUCAGUCACCAGCAUAUAGAUUACUCUUUCUCAAUAGUUAAAUAACGUGAGUUAAACUUCAUUUGGGAAGUACGCUGUUUUUCAUCUUGUUAGCUACCUGGCAUAAGAUUCUUUCAUACUUACAAUUACUCUGAAGAGUCGUGUAAGAGUCCUGAUACUCAUUGAGGUGUGAAUGAGAGAAAGAGGGAGGAGACGGAGAGAGAUGGUGAUGGGAAUACAGAAUAGAGAACUCGACUUGUCCUAAUCGUGGAGUCUCGUAUUUGUGCUAGACUCCAAAUGGGCUAAGACAACUAGAUGGGCGUAUCUGGCCUAGACAGAUAUAUUCUAACAAUCUCCCUCAAACUAGAGCCUAUAUAUUAUAUGCUCUUAGUUUGUCACAUAAAAAUCAACCCAGUGGCCAUUUAAUGGCUUGAUGAAUGUAUUAGCGAGUUGUUUUUUCGAUUCGGCAGGCACAGUAAUGAUAAGCUGUGCCUGAAGUUUUUCUCUGUGAAACGACAAUUAACUUCAAUAUGCUUCGUCCUCUUAUGAAAUUUCGAAUUAGAGGUGAUAUAGAUUGCUGUCUGACUAUCACAUUUGGGCUCCAUAAGCUCUUUAUGAGGAAAGCCAAGUUUUUUCUGAUGUCUGAUGCAUAUAAGUUCGCUUAAAAUAUGUGCCAUUGUCUUGUAUAUUUAAUUCAACACGCGAUCUUGAGACCAUAGAUUAUUUUUUACUCUAAGAAACAAGAUUUUUAUCAAGAAAGAUACGAAAAAUCCUAGACUCUGAGAUGACCAUUGUUCUUGUACUACAGUUUUUUACUUAGAUUUCUCCUAAGGUAUCUCAAUACUCUCGUAACAGCCUCCAGAUGUUUAAUGUGUGGUUGUUCCAUAAACUAAUUCACCACGCUAGUAACAAAAGAAUUAUCUAGCUAGAUGAUGGUUAAAUAAUUCAAUUCACUAACUAGUCAUCUGUAUCUCCCUGGAUACUCCAAUAUGGUUCCUUCAUCAAGAGAUGAUUUCGAGUUAGGAUCCAUGGGAGUAGCAAUUGGUUUCAUACUUGGCAUUCCUAUUUUUUCUAAGAGAUCAAGGACAGUUUUUUUGGUUGAAUAUAGUACCUCUUUUGGAUCAAGCAAUCUCAAUCCCCAAGGAAUAUUCAAGAUUAUCGGGUCUUUGGUGGCAAGCUGACCUGGUAAGAAUUAUUUGAGUCGUGAAUUAACUUCAUGAUCAUCUCUGGUGAUGAUGAUGUCAUCGACACAGACAACCAGAAAAAUACAACCAGCAAAUGAAUAUCAAAAUCUACACCGCAUCUCUGAAGAUCAAACUUGAUUAUAGUACUGGUAAAGUUGCUAAAUCAGGCUUGUGGGUGACUGCUUCUAGCCAUAGAAUUUUGCAGAUGGAUUUCAGUGCAGGUUUUUCCUUAACAUAUGAUUUAUAUUGUCAGCAUGGUUUUUUUUUAAAAAAAGGUUUGUUCUUGUGGCAAGAUAUUUACUCAAGACUUUCGGUUAAUUAAAAUCAAGCAAAUAUAGAAUGCAAAUUGUUCUAGGCAAUCUGCUGAUCUCCUCGAGCUCUGGUCAGGUUGUGGGGGGCAUGUCAACAGACCAGCAAAGGACGCUCCUCUUCUUCUGGACUUCGGUGAAGUUCUUGCCGUUGGAUGGCUUCAGUGGCUUGGGCUCCAAGCUGUACAUAUACCGAAGUCCUGACUCCCUCGACCACCUGCCGACAUCGCACACCUGCUUCUACCGGCUGUGCCUGCCUGCCUACCCGUCCCUGGCUGCCAUGCGGAAGCAGCUCCUGUUCAUCGCCCAAGAGCAUGUGGGCUACAGCUUUGGCACGCCAUAG